AGUGUAUUUUUUAUUAAAAAAUAACAAUAUAGCAAAGUUAGAGGGCACUUGGACUAAGUCUUAUGCUAAAAAGAGACAAGGUUUUAGUAAUGUUCGAAGCACAUGGACUCUAAAAAAGAUUAUCUGAGUAAUAAUAUGCUGUUAUUUUUAACAAGAGCAUGGUGUAUCGCAAAAAUAAUGAGGGUAUGCUAUUUAACUUGCCCUUUAAAAGUAAAGGAGCUGACUAUGUCGACACAAUGAAAGUACGCAAUUUGCAUACUUCGCUCGGACAAAGUGACAGUAGAUGAUCACAGUAGCGGAUCAACAAAAUUAUUAACAAUUAUCUUAUUUUGUUAUUAAAGUGUAUUCAGAUAAAACGUAGUAUAAUGGCAUUCUUUCGUCCGUCACUAAACAGCGGCAAGAACGAAGUUGGUCGCCAAAAAACUCAUACGAGACACAAUAAGGGGCACAGCCCAGGUUCAGUUUUGGAGUCAUUAGGUUUUCAUCCUUACGACCACUUUUCAAAGCCAGACUAAGCUACCAUGGUGUGUAACCAAUUUGACUUGCAAUGUCUUGGUACUUUCGACAAGUAGCACCGAACACUAGCACUUCAAUCAUCUCCAGACUCUGUUUCUGAUCAAACGUGUCACACGUAAACUAUUGAGGACUAGUUGUGAAUGUAGUAAAAUAUUAAUUCCUUCUAAAAAUAAAGCUAUAGUUAAAAAAUCACGUAUGAGUAGCAGGCUAAAAUUUGCAGACAUCAAAUAUCGUUUGUUUAUAAACAACGCGUCCAUCACAUUGAAAGCUAUCUCUGGUCAGUAACCUACUUUCCAGCAGAAGUAUUGCGAUCACUGAAUGAAACACGCAUUCUAGAGAAAACACUUGACCUGACCAGAAUUUGACCAAGUAAAUAAUGUCUAGACAAGCGGUGCGGGGGCACGGCAGUGAUGUCCAGUCGCUUUUAACCUUGCACGAAAGCACAGAGAUAAGCCCUUCCAGUAGUGGCGCACACCAAAUAUGUGGAAUCCAUCGUAUAUAUAAAAAGACGGUUGCUUGCAGGAGGCGCCAACAUCUUUAUCAUAAAAGGCGUCGCGACAAUGCCAUAAAAAACACUUGACUAAAGUCGCGACUGGGUGCACGUAAUAAUCGGAAAGAUAUUGCGUUUGCAAUUGAUAACGGGACUCGAGGGAGACCGGGAUGGCCCCGUUCUCCGAUAGCCAACCGUCUCUCUCCACGUUUCGAUCACAUGCUGCAGAUUCGGUCGUUCGUCAGUGAGCAGGUAACAGUAGGUACUGCUGGUUUCGCUCGAUAGCCAAAUGUCACGUGGUUAGCUGGACGGCGCUUUUAUUUUAGUGCCUAUAAAAGUCGACCCUCUCGCCACCGUUGUCAAACACGAACCCUUUUCGUUCCCUCUGCGAAGGAUUACGAGCAAUCGCAUUCUCUCCACCAUCAACAUGGCUUUCAUGAUGCCUGUGGUGCGCAACGACUACGACAUCUACAACCGAAGCCGGAAGUGUUCACCAGAAACCAGCCACGGAAGCAGUCCAUCCGGAAGCACCAGCCUGUCCACGUCACCCUGCGUGCACGACGGAGAAGACGUGCGCAAGAUGUUCCGCACUAGCGAACAUCUGGACGUCUUACAGCCCCAGCGGCACCGCUCCGGUUCCCUUGGGUCCCUCAAGAAGUUCCAUCAUGUCCUGGUGGAUAAGCUGAAACGUGCUGGUCACCACUCCAGCAAUCACGCCCAUGGCCCGGAGAGUGCUGCUGCCCCGGUCAAGAAGGAAAACGCCGACCACGAACCACGGUAGAUCGAUGCGAACUUCUUUUUUUGCUGUUCCCAACUGAGCCCCGCCUUGAUGACCAUGACGUCACGCUUGGUGCCUGAAAAGAAGUCAAUACUAGACUGCUCAUCAACCCGAAGACCUACCAUCGCUGCUGUACAGUGACCUCGCCUUCCAUCUGGCAAGUUAUGUUCACGAAGAAAAGGUUGGCAUUCAAGGCGCCUUCCUGCAAGGAAGAGAAGUGGCAGCCUUCGACGCUAGACUGUUUUGACUGAACGGGAAUAAAUAAAGCUUAGUCAAAAUUAAAUUAC